GCCUCCACAGCGGCCUCUCCGGCGCGGCCGCGGCGCGCGCGCACGAGCGCGCCUUCCCCACUGCGGCCCGGCCCCUCGCGCGCGCGCGCGGACGCGGCUGCGCGGGCCGCCCGACCCCGCGCGGCCCGGCCGCGCGGCGGCCGCGGCCCGUCGGGGCGCCCCGCCCUCGGGGUCCCGUGGGAGGAGGCUCUGGCGAUGAGGGCGGCGGACCGGGCACAGCCCAGGCCCAAGGUCAACGCCGUGGGCGUGAACAUCGCCGUCGACCUCCGCUUCGAUCGCUUUGAGGACCAGGUUGCCACGCUGUCCGUCGGGCAGCACACGAUGACGCCACUCUUCACGUUCCCACCCUACGAGUUCGCCGUGGGACUGUACCCCAACGGUGCCAAGGAGGAGUGCCGGGGGGCUGGGUCUCGAUCUACAUCAUGCGGCAGGAUGUUCAUGGAGCUGCUAAAUGACAGGGUGGUCGACUUGUCAUUCUUCAAAGUUGUGUGGUUGUACCUUACAUUGGCAGUCCUGUGGCCCUCUACAUGGAAAGGUGCUCUGAAAGAUUGGAAGUUCGAGAGCGCUGGUUGCGAGAUUAUCACGAAGACCUCGACAGCACCACUCGAGCACGCCAAGAACACGUUCAUCGAAGAGAUGGGCAUGGUGAUGGCUGGCGGCGUGCAGAAGUUCAAGUGGAGCGACACGCCAUCCGACUCUGGCUCUGAGCACCCACUGUCUGCUGGCCUGACCGCCGCCGACGUACACCACAGCGCGUUGACUACCCUGGACCAGCGCGGCGCCGUCGUGGGCCGCAUCGGCAGCUUGUUGCUCUUCGUCGAGGCAGAAGCCAAGAGCGUCUACGAGCCCGUCAGGGUGUGGGUCGUCGAGGCUUCUGCGAAGGUUCGCGACGCCAUCGAAGCGCGUGCCGGGCCCGUGGUGCACAAGCUGCAGGCAGCGGGCCAGCCCGUGGUGGUGUACAUGACGCCCGUCUGCGCGAGCGUCUCCGAAGGCGUCCUCAGCGUCCGCACCGCGGUGGGGACGAGGGCGGUUGCCGUGAAGUCCCGGGCCCUGCAGCUGAAGGGCGACUGCGCCGCACGGGCCCUCGCCGUCUACGGUGCGGCCUGCGAGUUCGCCAGCGUCAGGCACAGAGCGGCGUGUGGGCUCGUGGAGGCCGUGGUGGCGCCCGUGAGGUCCAGGGGCCUGGAGCUCUACAGGGCGGGCGCGGCGAGGGCAAUGCCUUACUGCGUCAAAGCGAGGGACGCUACGCUCUUGCUUGCCCAGAAGACUAGGGACGGGGCCCACUACGCGGAGACCAGGGUCGGCGAUAUCGUCCUCAGGAUAAGGGUGGGCGCAGGGGACACGGCCGCGCUGGGGAAGAGGGUGGUGCUGACCAGGUGCGCGGCUGUCUCGGACUUGGUCCGCGGUUACACUGGGCCUUUGGCAGCCAGGCUGUCGACUAUGCACGAGGCUGUCAUGACCCACGUCUCCAGCCACCUGUCGCCAAUCGUCGCCAAGGCCCUGGAGCAAAAGACCCUCCUCUACACCAAGGCUUGCGACAUCGCCGUGGUGGUGAAGGUAAAAUCGUUCGCCGUCAAGGACAUCGCCAUGCAGUGCAAGGAUAAAGCCAUGCAGCGUCCGCGCGCUAUCCUCGUGCAGAUCAAGGGAGGUUAUGUCUACAUGAAGACCGUAUCCAGUCGGUCCUCGUCAUCAAAGCGAAGCUCUGUGACGUCCUGA